AUUAACAAUAAAGAAAAUUUAAAUUGUUUUAUUUAACGUUAAUUGUAACUAUUUAAAAUAAUUGUUUCUGUAUUUAUAAUAUAUUAACAUUAAGAGUAACGAAGCACUUUGAAUUUUGUUCUUUUACAAAUAUUGAAUAUUUUCGCCAGUGCUAAAUAGAAACAAAAGAAUCAUUGUUAAUUUUUUAAUUUAAUUGUUAUACGUUACUGUUAAUACAAUUGUUCAGCGGAAAAGAAUGUCCAGAAACAAUUCUACCACGAACGGAUCGCUCAGACGAUCACCCCGACGAUCACCCCAAGAACGGAAAGAAAUUUUAAGAAAAAUUAUAACUGAAACUGAAGUUCUUCGUAAGAAGAGACAGUCACUGAUAACACUAUACAACAGUUAGAAUCAUACAUGGAACAAACAGAUGAUAUCAACCAUGAAACAAAUAUAGAAGAAAAAAUACAUAAUCAAGAAGAAGUAUUAUUAGAUUCUGAAGUAGUGAACAUGUCGUCUAAAGUUUUAAAACAAUGCACCAGGUCUUUAACAAAACGCAUGUCCUCAUAUAAUCAUGUAGAAUUUGCUAAAAGAGUGGUAAAAUAUGUAAAACAGCUUCCGGAUAUUGAAUCAGAAACACCAGACUGGUCACUUUUAGAAGCAAAAGUUACAAAAUGUUUCAAAAGAACACCCCAGUAUAGCACAUUACUAGGUACUUUAGCACCAUUGGAAAGGAAGGAAAUUAUUAGAAAAAAGCCAGCAGCUAAAGAAGCUCAAGCACAAAUAAAAAGACCAGAUAAUGUUGUAGCAGUUAAUAAAGAAGAAGAAGGUUUAGAACAAACCGUACGAGUGCAACAAUUUAUCUCUCGAUACUGUAAGACUCACCGUAAACCAAUUGAUUUCUUUCGACUAGUUUUACAUCCAAAUGAUUUUGGAAAAAGUGUUGAAAAUAUUUUGCAAGUAUCUUUUCUCGUUCGAGAUGGAAAAGUUAAAAUAACAAAAGAUGACUCUAAUAUGCUUGUUGUUCAACCAUGUACCAAAGAAAUAAUAGCUCGAACAAAACUAGAGAAUACACCUAAUAUUCAAAAUGUGAUUUCUCUGGACAUGGAGCAGUGGAAGAUUCUGAAAGGUAUUUAUAAAUUAGAAAAACCGAUGCUUAAUUUUGAUAAUAAGGCAUGACACAACUUGAACAUUAUUUAUAUUAAGAGUUAACAGUAUUAUGUGAUAUCGCGGUAUUUUAGAGAUGUGAAUAUUUUUGUAUACCUAAAAAGGAAUUUGUAUGUCUAUUUCCUUACUGAAUUAAAAGUGUUACACAAAAA